GCACCCCAGGCCAGCUGCUCGGUGCGGGUUACGGGGCUGCAGGACGCGAGGAGCUCCGGACCCGGCCGCCAGGGGAGGCCGCUCGUCCCGUGGCCCUGAGGCGGGCCCGAAGUGCCAGCAGCCGACUUCAUUGGUUCUUUUCUUCUUUUAACCAGCAAAAAACGAAUCUUGGCUAAAUCAGCUUUGGCCUUAUUUUGUCUAUCCAAAAUGGAGUACAGGACACAGCUAUUGAAUCCUGAGUGACGGCAUCCUUUACUCAAAAAUGGAGAAAAAACGUAGAAAGAAAUGAGCCUGUUUACUAGGCUUCAGCGGAAAAGACCAUGAAGGCAAGACUUCUGCUUAUCUUGGACAAAAUAUUAAGACUGUCCACUUAAAAAGGCACCAUUUUCUGAAACCAAAAAAAAAAAGCAUGAGAGAGAACUGAUUCAUGGAGAGGCAACAUAUGAAUUGAAUCCAUGGAAUUUGGGGGAUGAAACCAUAUUCUUUCAUGACCAUGAGGCUUGCAAACAUCUGGUUGUUUCUGACUGCAGUCUUACUCUGUGGCAAACAGCACCUGGGGACCAGACUGGGGAAUUCUUCUCACGAAAGCCACCUUUGUCCUGAAUGCUCUCGUCUCUCACUGAAAGUGGAAUUCUCUUCAACAGUAGUGGAGCACGAAUAUAUUGUAGCUUUCAAUGGCUACUUUUCAGCCCAAGCAAGAAGCAAAUUUAUUUCAAGGGCACUGAAGAGUAGUGACAUCGAGAACUGGAGGAUUGUACCCCGUAACAACCCAGCCAGUGACUACCCCAGCGAUUUUGAGGUGAUCCAAAUCAACGAGAAACAGAAAGAUGGAGUGCAGACACUUGAAGACCAUCCCAACAUCAAACGAGUUACCCCCCAAAGGAAAGUCUUUCGCUCGCUCAAGUAUACUGAAACCGAUCCGGCAUUUCCCUGCAAUGAUACCCGAUGGACACAAAAAUGGCAGUCAUCUCGUCCCCUGAGAAGAGCAAGUUUGUCAUUGGGAUCUGGAUUUUGGCAUGCGACAGGCAGGCACUCAAGCAGGCGUUUGCUGAGAGCCAUACCUCGGCAGGUCGCUCAAACACUUCAGGCGGACGUGCUCUGGCAAAUGGGUUUUACAGGUGCUGGGGUAAGAGUGGCUGUCUUUGAUACUGGACUGAGCGAGAAACAUCCACACUUCAAAAAUGUAAAAGAGAGGACAAACUGGACUAAUGAGAGAACCUUGGAUGAUGGCCUGGGUCAUGGGACUUUCGUAGCAGGUGUGAUAGCUAGCAUGAGAGAAUGCCAAGGGUUUGCUCCAGACUCCGAACUGCACAUAUUUAGAGUCUUCACUAACAACCAGGUUUCAUAUACGUCUUGGUUUCUGGAUGCCUUUAACUAUGCCAUCUUAAAGAAGAUAGAUGUAUUAAACCUUAGCAUCGGAGGCCCAGACUUCAUGGAUCAUCCUUUUGUUGACAAGGUAUGGGAGCUGACAGCUAACAAUGUGAUCAUGGUUUCUGCUAUUGGAAAUGACGGCCCUUUAUAUGGUACACUCAACAACCCUGCUGAUCAAAUGGAUGUGAUUGGAGUAGGUGGCAUUGACUUUGAAGAUAACAUUGCUCGGUUCUCAUCCAGGGGGAUGACCACAUGGGAACUGCCUGGUGGUUAUGGUAGGGUCAAGCCUGACAUUGUUACUUAUGGCUCCGGAGUGAGAGGCUCUGGCAUGAAGGGCGGGUGCCGCUCUCUCUCCGGGACCAGCGUGGCCUCCCCUGUGGUGGCAGGUGCCGUCACUCUGCUAGUAAGCACAGUUCAGAAGCGUGAAAUGGUGAAUCCAGCUAGUAUGAAACAGGCUCUGAUCGCAUCUGCACGCCGGCUUCCUGGAGUCAACAUGUUUGAGCAAGGGCAUGGCAAACUGGAUCUCCUCAGAGCCUACCAGAUUCUCAACAGUUAUAAACCACAGGCCAGCUUGAGUCCCAGCUACAUCGACUUGACGGAAUGCCCUUACAUGUGGCCCUAUUGCUCCCAACCGAUCUACUAUGGAGGCAUGCCAACGAUUGUCAAUGUGACUAUUCUCAAUGGAAUGGGGGUCACUGGAAGAAUCGUAGACAAGCCUGACUGGCAACCCUACUUGCCACAGAACGGAGAUCACAUUGAGGUGGCUUUCUCCUAUUCCCCCGUGUUAUGGCCUUGGUCAGGCUACCUAGCCAUUUCCAUCUCCGUAGCAAAGAAAGCAGCCUCGUGGGAAGGCAUUGCACAAGGACACGUCAUGAUCACCAUCUCCUCCCCUGCAGAAAACGAGUCGAAAGCUGGUGCUGAACAGACCUCAACCGUGAAACUCCCAAUAAAAGUGAAGGUUAUCCCGACACCCCCUCGUAGUAAGCGAGUCCUGUGGGAUCAGUAUCACAAUCUCCGCUAUCCGCCAGGAUAUUUUCCAAGAGAUAAUUUGAGGAUGAAAAAUGAUCCUUUAGAUUGGAAUGGUGACCACAUCCACACAAACUUCAGGGACAUGUACCAACAUCUGAGAAGUAUGGGAUAUUUUGUGGAAGUUCUUGGUUCACCAUUUACGUGCUUUGAUGCCAGUCAGUAUGGGACCUUAUUGAUGGUGGACAGCGAGGAAGAGUAUUUUCCAGAAGAAAUCACUAAGCUGAGGAGGGAUGUCGACAAUGGGCUAUCACUCGUAGUGUUCAGUGACUGGUACAACACCUCAGUGAUGAGGAAAGUCAAGUUUUACGAUGAAAACACCAGGCAAUGGUGGAUGCCUGAUACUGGAGGCGCUAAUAUUCCAGCUCUAAAUGAUCUUCUGUCUAUCUGGGGCAUGGCCUUUAGCGAUGGUCUAUAUGAAGGGGAUUUUACCAUGGCAAGCCACGAAAUGAACUAUGCCUCGGGAUGUAGUAUUGCAAAGUUUCCAGAAGAUGGCAUUGUAAUUGCACAGACUUUUAAGGAUCAAGGUCUUGAAGUUUUAAAGCAGGAGACGGCGAUAGUAGAAAACGUCCCCAUUUUGGGCCUCUUCCAAGUCCCAUCGGAAGGUGGAGGCAGGAUCGUUUUGUAUGGUGACUCAAACUGCUUGGAUGACAGCCACAGGCAAAAAGAUUGCUUUUGGCUGCUUGAUUCUCUUCUUCAAUACACAUCUUACGGAGUGAUGCCACCUAGCCUCAGUCAUUCGGAAAACAGGCAGCGACCCCCAUCGGGCGUGGGCUAUACUCUUCCAGAGCGAAUGGAAGGUAACCAUCUUCAUCGGUACUCAAAAGUGCUCGAGGCUCACCUGCGGGACCCCAAGCCCCGCUCUCUUCCAGCGUGUCCUCAUCUGUCCUGGGCGAAGCCACAGCCUCUGAAUGAAACAGCACCCAGCAACCUUUGGAAACAUCAGAAGUUGUUAUCCAUCGACCUGGAUAAAGUGGCUUUGCCAAGUUUCCGUCAGAGUCGACCCCAAGUAAGGCCUUUGUCACCUGGAGAAAGCGGAGCAUGGGAUAUUCCGGGAGGAAUAAUGCCUGGACGCUACAACCAGGAUGUGGGAGGGACGAUACCCGUCUUUGCCUUCCUUGGUGCGAUGGUGGUUCUGGCGUUCUUUGUGGUACAGAUGAAAUCUAAGAGCAGGCCAAAGAGACGGAAACCCAGAGUCAAACGGCCGCAAAUUAUACAGCAGGGUCACCCACCAAAGACACCGUCUGUUUGACCGCAGUUGCCAAAGAUGACCACCUGUUAUUGGCUGCUUCAUGGAAUUGUGAUUGCUACUAAUGAAGAUGGACCAUGCUUGGCCUGAUGCACACAACUUCCUCACGUUGUCUUUGAUUACUGACAAACAGGAACUCAAUGGAUCAUUGUCUGGAGAUAAAAAAACUGUUCUUGUCAGUAGCUGAUCUGACCAAAGGCUCAAACACUAUAAAAAAGGAACGAAUUACUUGCUCCGCGAAAAGGGAAAGGGCCUCUUCUUUUUUCUUUCAAACUGACCAAACCUUUUCAUUUGAGGCUAUUUUCUAUAUUUAUUUUAGGAGGGACUGAGAGAAGAUCCUCUUCAAGGCCCUUGAAUCUUGGAUGGAUGGCAGAACCAUUUUUCUGGAUGGAAUGCAAUUUUCUAAUGCUAUCUAUUACAGAACUCCCACCAUCCUUCUGUAAGGAUGAGAGAGAAACUGACACUUUGAGGGAACCAGGAACAAAUCACGUUGGUGUAAUCCUUCCGUUUAUUUUUAUAAAGCAACUUACCAUGAUGUUUUGUAAUUUUUCAGCAUGAUUUCACCAUUGCUGGUGGAGAAAAAUUUUCAAUAAAUAUGUUAUCUAUAUUGAAGCUGA